AGCCAUGAAAAACCGGGAAAGCUGGUCCCCCUAUUUUCAUCAGCCAUUUCAUUGUCACCACCAUUUUCGGUCCCUUUCCUACCCAAAAAUAUCAAUCAAACCCUCCCCAUUUCUCUUCACAUUCUUCUUCUUCUCCAACGUUUUUGAAUUCAGAAUCGCUUAUUGGAUCUUUUUAUUUUGUUUAUGUGAGAAACGUUAUUCGUUUUUCUUCCAGAAUUUUCGAUUACCUUCUAGGGCUUGGGUCUUGAUUUUGAGGCCAUUGCAUGAGUGAAUUCUGCUAGAAAUAUCUGAAAUCGGGCCGAGCAAGAUACGUUUACUGAUAUUGCGGGUGGGCUGUGAUGUUGGUUUGGAUCAGAUGCAGGAAGGAAAGAUGCAUUUUGCUAGACUCGACGAUUCGCCGAUGUUUCGGCAACAGAUCCAAUGUUUGGAAGAAAGUGCUGAAACAUUGAGGGAGAAAAGUUUAAAGUUUUAUAAAGGAUGUCGAAAAUACACAGAAGGGCUUGGAGAAGGAUAUGAUAGGGACAUUGCUUUUGCAAGCGCCCUCGAAACUUUUGGAGGAGGGCACAAUGAUCCUAUUUGUGUUGCUUUUGGAGGUCCUGAUAUGACCAAAUUUGCGAUUGCUUUGCGAGAAAUUGGAACAUACAAGGAAGUUCUUCGAUCACAGGUUGAGCACAAACUUAAUGACACCUUGCUAUACUUUGCCAACGUUGACCUGCAAGAUGUGAAGGAAGCUCGGAAGCGUUUUGACAAGGCUAAUGCUAUUUAUGACCAGGUCCGUGAGAAGUUUCUUUCGUUGAGGAAAAGCACAAGGAUGGAUAUUGCUGCUACCAUAGAGGAGGAACUUCACAAUGCUAGAUUAACAUUUGAGCAAGCCCGCUUCAAUCUGGUUAGUGCUCUUUCUACUGUUGAGGCAAAAAAGAGGUUUGAGUUUUUGGAGGCUGUUGUUGGGACAAUGAAUACUCAUCUUCAAUACUUCAAACAGGGGUACGAGCUGUUGCAUCAGAUGGAGCCAUAUAUCAACCAGGUCUUGGCAUAUGCACAACAGUCGAGAGAAUGUUCCAACUAUGAGCAGGCAGCUCUCCAUGAAAGGAUGCAAGAAUACAAAAGGCAGGUUGAUCAUGAAAGCAGACAUUCCUUUAAUGGGUCUCAUGGUUCUCCAAAUGGAGAGGUUAUACAACCUUUUCACAGAAGUUCUCAUAAAGCAAUUGAGGCAGUGAUGGAGUCAGCUGCAGAAGGGAAGGUUCAAACCAUUAAGCAAGGAUAUUUAUCAAAACGUUCAUCUAAUUUGAGGGGUGACUGGAAGAGAAGGUUUUUUGUUCUGGACAGCCGAGGGAUGUUGUUGUACUAUAGAAAACAAUGGAGCAGGUCACCUGGGUCUGGGAGUCAACUACCUGCUCAUAGAAAUAGUUCUUCUGAACCUGGUGCUGGACUGCUAAGUCGGUGGCUUUCUUCUCAUUACCAUGGUGGUGUACAUGAUGAAAAAUCCGUUGCACGUCACACUGUGAACCUUUUGACAUCAACAAUAAAGAUUGAUGCAGAUCAAUCAGAUUUGAGAUUCUGUUUCAGAAUUAUCUCACCGACAAAGAACUAUACUUUGCAGGCAGAGAGUGCCCUUGAUCAAAUGGACUGGAUUGAUAAAAUAACUGGAGUGAUUACUUCGUUGUUGAGUUGCCAGGCUCCUGAGAGGCAUCUCUCUGCUAGCCCCCCUACUGAGUGUAGUUCUGUUGGAAGUCUUUCGGAUCACGAUCAAAGAGCAAUUGAAGAACACUUAUCUGAAAAGGACCUCGCUUCUAGAAAUGUUAUACGAGCAUCUAAAAGUUCACAUCAGCUACACUGGAUGAAAAGUGAGAAGCCUGUUAAGGCAUUGAAAAGAUUACCUGGGAAUGAUAAAUGUGCUGAUUGUGGUGCGCCUGAACCAGAAUGGGCUUCCUUAAAUCUGGGUGUUCUGAUCUGCAUUGAGUGUUCGGGUGUUCACCGCAAUCUUGGUGUACACAUAUCCAAGGUAAGAUCCUUGGUGCUUGAUGUCAAAGUGUGGGAGCCCUCUGUCAUAACAUUAUUCCAGGCAUUGGGAAAUGUUUAUGUUAACUCAAUAUGGGAGGGCCUGUUGCAUGCAAGGAGAACUUUUCAGGCUGAUGAAAUACCAAUGAGGUUUUUUGAGUCUGAUAAACACAAGCAGUUCUUUAGCAAACCCUGUCAUGAUGAUCCUAUUUCUGUAAAGGAGAGAUUUAUUUAUGCAAAGUAUGCAGAAAAACGUUUUGUUCAAAAAGUAAAGGACACUCAGCAUCUUCUUUCAGUUGCACAGCAGUUGUGGGAAAGUGUCCGUAUUAAUGACAAGAAAGCAGUUUACCGCCUUAUUAUUAUUUGUGAAGCAGAUGUCAAUGCUAUCCGUGGGCAAGCCUCAGCUGGUACAUCUUUAACUCUAGGCAAUGCAAUGCAAUGGCAAGAGCUGGCAAACUUGGAUCAUAAUUUUGAUUGCUUAGAGGGACAUUCUGUUAACAAGGUCUCCUCAAGCUGUUUGGGCUCACUAAGAGAAAAUGGAGGUGAAGUUCUUGACGGCUGUUCCCUGCUCCACCUUGCCUGUCAAGCUGCUGACAUUGGCAUGGUAGAGCUGCUCCUACAACAUGGUGCACACAUAAAUGCUUCUGAUUCAAAUGGUCAGACACCGCUGCAUCAUAGUAUUAUUAGAGGGAGAAUUGCAAUUGCAAAACUGCUUCUCAUGAGGGGUGCAGAUCCACAAGCUGUCGAUGGGGAAGGUAAAUCACCUCAUCAGCUUGUCAUAGAAUCAGGUCUCGAUGAUGUUGAGAUCCUUGCUCGCUUGAAAAACACAAAUAGAUAGCAAUGUGUGCAAGGACCAAAGAAAGCCAUGCACAGACCAUAUGGAAGUCUUUGAACAGAAUAAAGGGAUAACCCCAGGGAGCAGGGCCAAAUUGGCUUGGCGUUCACUCCAGUUGCUGGUUGGCUUUCCGGGUGAUGCACGUUAUUCAGUCUGGGUUUGACCCAUGGGGCUGCGUCUAAGGUGCUUUCUCUGCAUUUUAUGCUCUCUCUUUUCACCAUGUUCUGAUUUUUACCUGAAGAGGGUUUUUUAGGAGGUUUCUUGUACAUAAAGUCUCACUUCUUUUAGUAUAGUGGGAAGCUUCACUUGGCUCAUGGCUCCCGAAUGAGUGAACUUGUAGUGAGAUGGAGGUGAAAAAAAUUCUUCAUAAAAUUUUAUUGGAACAACGUUGUUUUUUGGGCUGUUAUGUCGGCCAAAAUAUGAAUAAGGAUUUUCUACCCCUAACGCCAAAGAAAAUACUAUCAUUCAGUUCAUUUCUUUAUGUAGUAUAGCAAUGUUGGAG